AUGAUGAAAAUGUUACAUCCAUCAUCGGGACGUAUUAAUUUCAAUGUAGUAUCUGAAAAAUCAAAGUCUACUAACAAUAAUGAACAAUCUUCAACAACAACAACAACAACAACUAAACAAGAUCAAAAUGUUAUUCAACCAGAUAAUAAAAUAGAAAUUGAAACAAAAACAAAGGAUGCCAUCAAUAAUGCUAUAAAACUUCAAUCAUCAAAUAAUUCAACAACUACCAACAUGAACUAA